AUGACCACCGUGGGUGGGAACAGCUUCCACGUGUCUGACCAGGGCCAGUUUGCCAAGGAGGUGCUGCCCAAGUACUUCAAGCACAACAACAUGGCCAGUUUCGUGCGGCAGCUCAACAUGUAUGGCUUCCGGAAAGUGGUCCACAUCGAGCAGGGUGGCCUGGUCAAGCCUGAGAGGGAUGACACUGAGUUCCAGCACCCGAGCUUCCUGCGUGGCCAGGAGCAGCUCCUUGAGAACAUCAAGAGGAAAGUGACCAGCGUGUCCACCCUGAAGAAUGAGGACAUAAAGAUUCAUCAGGACAGCGUCACCAAGCUGCUGACCGACGUGCAGCUGAUGAAGGGGAAGCAGGAGAGCAUGGACUCCAAGCUGCUGGCCAUGAAGCACGAGAACGAGGCUCUGUGGCGGGAGGUGGCCAGCCUGCGGCAGAAGCAUGCCCAGCAGCAGAAGGUCGUCAACAAGCUCAUCCAGUUCCUCAUCUCGCUGGUGCAGUCAAACCGGAUCCUGGGGGUGAAGAGGAAGAUCCCUCUGAUGCUCAAUGACAGCAGCUCGGCACAUUCCAUGCCCAAGUACAGCCGCCAGUACUCCCUGGAGCACAUCCACGGCUCAGUCCCCUACUCGGCUCCGUCCCCGGCCUAUGGUGGCUCCAGCCUCUACUCCCCAGAUGCCGUUGCCAACUCUGGUCCUAUCAUCUCCGACAUCACUGAGCUGGCUCCCAGCAGCCCCUUGGCCUCCCCUGGCGGUAUCCUAGACGAGAGGCCCCUGUCAAGCAGCCCCCUGGUGCAAGUCAAGGAGGAGCCUCCCAGCCCCCCUCGGAGCCCCCAGGUGGAGGAGGCCAGUCCUGGGCACCCGUCCUCCGUCGUGGAGAUUCCCCUCUCCCCAACUGCCCUCAUUGACUCCAUCCUGCGAGAGAGCGAACCUGCCCCUGCAGCCUCUGUCACGGCGCUCCCGGGUGCGGGUGCCCUGCCCGCCUCACCCCCGCCUGCCCCAGCCCCCGAGAAGUGCCUCAGCGUAGCCUGCCUGGACAAGACUGAGCUCAGUGACCACUUGGAUGCCAUGGACUCCAACCUGGACAACCUGCAGACCAUGCUGACGAACCAUGGCUUCAGUGUGGACACCAGUGCCCUGCUGGAUCUGUUCAGCCCCUCAGUGACAGUGCCUGACAUGAGCCUGCCCGACCUUGACAGCAGCCUGGCCAGUAUCCAGGAGCUCCUCUCCCCCCAGGAGCCCCCCAGGCCCCUUGAGGCAGAGAGCAGCAGCCCCGACUCAGGGAAGCAGCUGGUGCAGUACACGGCGCAGCCCCUCUUCCUGCUGGACCCGGGCUCCGUGGACGUGGGGAGCAGCGACCUGCCCGUGCUCUUCGAGCUGGGGGAGGGCCCCUACUUCUCUGAGGGGGAAGACUACACAGAUGACCCCGCCAUCUCCCUACUGACGGGCUCUGAGCCCCCCAGAUCCAAAGACCCCACUGUCUCCUAG